CUCUCAUCAACUUUCAGCAAAAGCAAAAGACUAACAUGUAUUCCUCUCUUUCUAAUCUCCUAAAUUCAGAGUAAUUAAAUUAACUUUCACGAAAUGCUACAUGUUCAGUAAAUCGUGAGGAGUGCAGACAACAUAAACUCGUUGCGUUUUUUCGUUAGCGUUCAUCUUAAAGUCACUGUCUUGUUGGUUGUUUCUGUUUGAACCUGUACAGUAGUUAAUUUAUGGAGGGUUGGGAAGGCGGAGAACCAGCAAUUGGCAUCGAUUUGGGCACGACCUACUCAUGUGUUGCUGUAUGGAAAAAUGAUCGAAUUGAGAUCAUAACGAAUGACCAAGGAAACCGUACGACCCCAUCAUGUGUUGCCUUCACAGAUGUUGAACGUCUCAUUGGCGAUGGUGCCAAGAAUCAAAUUGCAAGGAACGCUGCUAAUACUGUAUUCAAUGCAAAGAGGUUGAUCGGCAGGAGGUUCAGUGAAGUCAUGGUGCAGGAAGACAUAAAGCUAAUGCCAUUUAGGGUCAUAGAAGGGCUUAGCGACAUGCCAAAAGUUGUUGUUACGCACAAGGGUCAUGAACAACAAUUUUCUAUGGAGGAAAUUUCAUCAAUGGUUCUCGCCAAGAUGAAAGAGAUUGCAGAGGCGUAUAUCGGUAGCUCAGUGAAAAAUGCUGUCAUCACUGUCCCUGCUUAUUUCAAUGAUUGUCAGCGUCAAGCAACAAAGGAUGCUGCUACUAUUGCUGGCCUAAAUGUCCUUCGCAUGAUCAAUGAGCCAACAGCAGCUGCAAUUGCUUAUGGUGUAGAAAAUAGAUUCGGUGGAAAGAGGAAUGUACUUAUCUUUGAUCUUGGUGGUGGCACUUUUGAUGUCUCUCUUCUCACCAUUGAUGGAGUGGGUAAGUUUGAGGUGAAAGCUGUUGCUGGUGACACUCAUUUGGGUGGUGAGGAUUUUGAUAAUCGUAUGGUUAAUUAUUGUAUUGAGGAUUUUAAGAAGAAAUGGAACAAGGAUUUAAGUGGAAACGAAAGAGCAUUAGGAAGGUUAAAAGUUGCCUGUGAAAAAGCAAAGAGAAUUCUUUCAUAUGAUACUCAAACUUCAGUUGAACUAGACGCGCUGCUGGAUGGUAUUGACUUUUCUAUGACGAUUACUCGUGCCAAAUUUGAGGAGCUUAAUAUGAGUUUCUUUACAAAGUGUAUCAAGCAACUGGAGGCCUGUUUAGCUGAUGCGAAUAUGAACAAAGGAAGUGUAGAUGAGGUGAUUCUUGUUGGUGGAUCAACUAGGAUACAAAAGAUCCAACGUAUGUUACAUGAGUUUUUUGAUGGGAAGGAGCUAUGCAAGAGCAUCAACCCUGAUGAAGCCGUAGCUUAUGGGGCGGCAGUUAUGGCUGCCAAAUUAUGUGGUCAGACUACCAAGAUGAUAAAGGAGAUGGUGCUAUUGGAUGUGACUCCCUUGUCACUUGGUAAAGAGAUAAUAGGGGAAAGAAUGCAUGUUGUGAUCCCAAGGAACACUCCUAUACCUACCAAGAAGACCAUGAAUUUUGUUACUACCGCAGACAACCAAUCUUCUACGGAGAUCAUGGUGUACCAAGGUGAACGCACUAGAUCUACUGAUAACUUUUUGUUGGGAUCAUUUGAAAUUUCAGGAAUUCCACCUGCUCCUAAAGGAGUUGCAGUACUAGAGGAUUGUUUUGAAAUAGAUGAUAAUGGUAUCCUUACAGUUACAUCUAAGGUAGUAUCCACUGGUAAGACCAAAAGCCUUACUGUUACCAAUCUUAGUGGAAGAUUGUCUAAGCGACAGAUUAAGAAAAUGGUGAAAGUUGCUGAGAAGUUCAAGCUUGAGGACCAAGAGUUCAAGAGGAAAGCUGAAGCAUGCAAUGCCUUGGAGGAUUACAUAUACGACUUAAAGAAUAAGAUUAAGAGAAAUGAUAUACCCCCAAAAGACUUGAAGAAUGUGCAACAUGCAAUCGAUGAUACAGAGGAAUGGCUCUCUACUGGCAAUGUUGCAUCUGUUGAUGAGAUUGAGCGGAAGAAGGAGAUCCUAGAGUUCAUAUCCCGUCUUGCAAUCUUCUAACUAAUAAAAUACAAGACUUGGUGGCUGUUUCUUUUUUACUUAAUAGACUUGAUGUGUUUAGGGUUUAAUCUAGGCAACUAUAUAUGCUUGUUUUCUUUUGACUUUAUUUGCUUUUUUGUAAUGCAAGGUAGACUGGUCAUAUAUUUUUAUUUAGUCUAGAAAAGAAACCGAACUUAUAUAUACUGG